AUGUUAUCUCGUCUCAAGAAGAUUGUGCUUGCGACACAGAGACUAAGAGUGCGCCCUCUCAGACCCUUGAAUCCAAGCCGCAUACGUCGACUGGAGGACGACAUCUUUGAAAUAGACGAGAACGGAAUGGUUGUUGCCACGAUUAAGUGUGUGGUUGUCGGCGACGGUGCAGUUGGCAAGACAUGCUUGUUGAUCUCAUACACCACAAACAAAUUCCCCUCGGAAUAUGUCCCUACAGUCUUCGACAACUAUGCCGUGACGGUGAUGAUCGGCGAUGAGCCAUACACGUUGGGACUUUUCGAUACGGCCGGACAAGAGGAUUACGACCGUCUUCGACCAUUGUCAUAUCCCCAGACCGACGUCUUCCUUGUUUGUUUUUCUGUCACGUCACCAGCGUCAUUUGAAAACGUGAGAGAAAAAUGGUUCCCGGAGGUUCACCAUCACUGUCCUGGAGUUCCUUGUCUCAUUGUUGGCACCCAAACCGAUCUCCGGGAUGAUCCAUCUGUCCGAGAAAAGCUUGCAAAACAAAAAAUGCAGCCUGUCCGCAAGGAAGACGGAGAAAGAAUGGCCAAGGAGCUCGGAGCUGUCAAAUAUGUCGAAUGCAGCGCCCUGACUCAGUAUAAGCUUAAGGACGUAUUUGACGAGGCGAUCGUGGCAGCGCUAGAACCCCCACCGAAAAAGAGCAGCAAGAAGUGCACGAUUUUGUGA